GAAUAAAUCAUCCAUAUUCCAACAUUAGAUUCACCAAACCACUAAAAAAAGGAUAAAAAUACUCAAGAAUGAGCAUAAAAGUCUUGUCCAUUUGGCAUUAUUUAUAAUUUCUUUUUUGUGAAAACAAACCCAAUUCAAAUUAGUCUUCUCUUUAACGUUUCCCUUUGAUCUACUCUUGCGGUUAGCCGGUUACCCAAUCAGGUCGGGAAGUUUAUCUCCAGUCUCAUUCCAAAAAUUCUUACUCUCUUUCUCUCUCUACUUAUUUGUGGUCGCCAUAACCAAUUCUUUCACUUUCUCUCACCUCUUCUCUUCCAUGAUCGCUACUAUCUUGUGAUGUCUCUUACCAGAUCAUUUCUCUCUAGGCGUUCUUCUUCUAUUCGUUGUUUUUCUCUCUCUUCCAAAUCUCAGCGGGACCCACACCCGCCAUUUACGAUACCUUCUCCAGAUUUCGCUGAUGCGGAUGAAGAUAGAUGGUCUUCUUUGUUGCCGGAGCUUCUAGCUGAUAUCAUAGCUCGUGUUGAAUCAUCUGAAGAUAAAUGGCCUUCUCGUCGAAACGUCGUCGUAUGUGCUUGUGUUUGUAAAAGAUGGAGAGAUGCUACAAGGGAGAUUGUUAAGUCUCCUCUUUCUACUGGAAAAAUCACUUUUCCUUCUUGCCUUAAACAGCCUGGGCCACGCGAUCUCCCUCUACAGUGUUUAAUAAAGCGGGACAAGAGAAAUUCUACGUUCUACCUCUAUCUCUCUGUAUCACCAUCAUCAUUUUCAGAAAAGGGGAAAUUUCUCUUAGCUGCUAGGAGAUAUAGGCGUGGUGCCCACAUUGAGUAUAUUAUAUCACUUGAUGUUGAUGAUCUAUCACAAGGAAGUCAAGCAUAUGUUGGAAAAUUAAGCUCGGACUUUCUUGGUACAAACUUCACAAUAUAUGAUAGUCUGCCACCCCAUGAUGGAGCAAAACCAUCUAGUAGCAGAUCUACUCGUCGAUUUGCAAGCAAACAGAUAAGCCCCCAAGUUCCUGCUGGUAAUUUUGAAGUUGGGAACGUGUCAUACAAAUUUAACCUCUUGAAAUCAAGGGGGCCGAGAAGGAUGAUGUGUUCCCUUAAGUGUCCUGGACCACCUGGACAGACCGCUGUGGAUCAGACAGAGGAUAGCAAGUCCAAGUUAGCCAACUUGGAUUCUAGUUGUACUAUUCUGAGGAAUAAAGCGCCAAGGUGGCAUGAGCACUUGCAAUGCUGGUGCUUAAAUUUUCAUGGUCGGGUAACAGUAGCUUCAGUGAAGAACUUUCAACUUAUAGCAACAUUUGAUCAAAGUCAACCGGAUGGUAAAGGUGAUGAAGAGGUAGUCCUCCUUCAGUUUGGGAAAGUUGGAGAUGACACUUUCACCAUGGAUUAUCGUCAGCCACUUUCAGCCUUCCAAGCAUUUGCAAUUUGCCUAACUAGCUUUGGUACGAAACUUGCGUGUGAGUGAAUUGCCUUCGGUUUAUGUAUUCAUGAAAUGGGCCUCCAUUAAGUAUGUUUAAGUGAAACGUUGUUUGCCAAUUAUCGACCAAAGGAAAAAGGUAAAGUGUAACGUUUUUCGCCAAUUAUCAACCAAAGGAAAAGCUACAAGAAUGAUGUGCAAGAUUUGUUGCUCACUGUCCGCAAAUAUGUAUUUUCCCUGCUACUUUUGCUUAAGUUAGAUGAAUGGAUUAUGUACAUGUAUAUGCCAGAUAUUGCAACUUGUAUCUGUUUUCUC